AUGGGUUACACAGCAGACGAAAGCAUCGACACUGACUAUAGCUUCGACUAUAAUUUGGAAAAUGACUAUAGCAAUAUUCAACUCAUCCCUCGAUCGCCUUUAGCAUCAUCUUCUCGUGCCAGUCGAGUCUCCAGCCUAGCGCAUAGUCAUAGUGGAUCAGUUGAAAUGAACGACCAAUCAUCAGUCGGUUCCGUCAAUAAUCAAUCUAGAGCCGUCUCUGUAGAAAACGAGAACAGGACCGGCUCUUUGUCAAGCGACGAAGGAGUGCAACCGUUGCCUCCAGACAAAAGUCCUGUGUCGCAGAAAAAUUCCUUUAAAAAUAGACUCUUCCAUAAGACCCCCAACACUCUCUCAGUCCAGCCGUACGGCAGCCUCGGACAGAGUCUUCCGAACCUAACGUUAGGCUCGCCUAACUUGGGUAGCAUGAGCCUCAACCUCAACCAAAACACGCUGUCAGUGCCCAGCGGGAAGAAUGGAAGCCAGUUGUUGAGCCCUACCCAUCGGGGUAUCUCUUAUCCUCCCCCUUCUCCCACUAGGGGAAACCUACGAAGGAGCGUGGCGAUAUCCCAAAGCAAGAACCCGCCUCUAAUAAAAACGAGGCAGAUUUGUUCAGCGUCUAGCGUCAGCCAGCAAUUUGAUUUUGAUGUUCCAGUGAUAGCAGAACACUCAGUACAAAUCCAUUCAGAACCAAAUUGUUUGGUACAAGACACUCAAUCCAAACAAUGCAAAAAUAAAAAUGUAGAUGUAAAUAAACCAAGGCCAAAAAACGAUAACUCGCUUACAAAUGAGGGUACAAACGUUAAUGAAAUAGGAUUAGAAACUAAUGAAUCAUUGAUCACUUCACCAAUUAGCACAGAACCUACACUGAAAACCCAGAGCAAAAGAGCUUUCUCCGAAACAGUUACACAACCUGAAACUCCUGAAUGCUUUAUACUGCCUGCUAAGGAUACGCGUUUAAAAAAGAAGAAAACUAUCCCAAAAAUAGAUCCUAUUGAUAUACAGAAAUUGAUGCAGCCAACAAAACACGACUAG